UGCACAAAACGGUGGUCAAUCCAGGAAACCGAGCAAAGAGUUGGACACAUGCAUGUUCACACCGAGCUGGAGGCCAUAAAUAGUAGAGACCAAGCUGCAUCUUCUUGUUAUCUUCAGUUAUUCAGAAGUUCAGAGCAGUAGAGGAAGAACAGGAUAAGAUCAUAGCUAGAGAUUUCAGAGAGAGAAUCUAGAGAGAGAGAGAAGAGAUGGCUGGAGGAGAGCAUGGAGUUAAUGGCCAGCAUGAAGAAACCAGAGCUAUGGAGGAAGGCAGCAGAGAUCAUCAAGCAAGGUGUGAGAAUUCAGAGCAAGAUGGAGGAAGCAAGAGCUCUAGUAAUAACCACCCCAUGUUCUCUGUCCAAUUCGCGCAGAAGGUGAUCGCGGAGAUCUUGGGGACGUUCUUCCUCAUCUUCGCGGGGUGCGCGGCGGUGGCGGUGAACAAGAGGACGGGAGGCACGGUGACGUUCCCGGGGAUCUGCAUCACGUGGGGGCUCGCCGUGAUGGUGAUGGUGUACUCCGUCGGCCACAUCUCCGGCGCGCACCUCAACCCGGCGGUCACCCUCGCGUUCGCCACCUGCGGCAGGUUCCCGUGGCGGCGGGUGCCGGCGUACGCGGCGGCGCAGGUGGCCGGCUCGGCGGCGGCGAGCGCGGCGCUGCGGGCGCUGUUCGGCGGCGCGCCGGAGCACUUCUUCGGGACGGCGCCGGCCGGGUCCGACGUGCAGUCGCUGGCGAUGGAGUUCAUCAUCACCUUCUACCUCAUGUUCGUCGUCUCCGGCGUCGCCACCGACAACCGAGCUAUUGGUGAACUAGCUGGCCUUGCCGUUGGAGCUACCGUCUUAGUAAAUGUGCUCUUUGCUGGGCCAAUAUCAGGAGCGUCCAUGAACCCGGCCAGGACCAUCGGACCGGCGAUCAUCCUCGGCCGGUAUACCGGUAUCUGGGUGUACAUCGCCGGCCCGGUUUUUGGCGCAGUUGCUGGCGCGUGGGCCUACAAUCUUAUCCGGUUCACCGACAAACCGCUAAGAGAGAUCACCAUGACUGCAUCCUUCAUUAGAAGCACAAGGAGGAACUAGGUCCCAGAAUUGAUCAGUUUUAUUGUGGUAAAAUGUUUCCUUUUUUUUUCUGUAGCUAGUGAUGUUGAUGGAAUGAAUGGGCAGUAAAAGUAAUUGACACUGUGAUUGCAUAGAUUUUACAUGCUUUGGUUGGCUUGUUGUAGCUUAAAUGGUGAAGGAUUGGGUUACUUGUUGUAAUUAUCAUUCUGAAGAAAAACAUUGACACCAAAUGGCUGUGCUAGAAUUUUGAUAAGAUUUAUUUUUAUUUGAGCA